GUUGACUGGAAUUAUUCACCAAAAAACAAAGCUGUUGACUGGAAUUUGAUACAAAUCAUCAUGUGUGUUGGCACCUGUUAAAAAGACAAAAGACUUUUCCAGGGUGUUUUCAAAGAUGAUGGCUGAUUUUCUCUGCUGAUGAUGAGUUGUUUUAUUCCUUCUUAUAUUUUUAUCCUAUUCGUCUUUAAUUGUUCAGUAUUUGUUGUAAAGCACCCACACGCUCAUCUUACUCCAAAGUCUAUCCGGAUCAUUCAGGGGACUAUCUGACUCUCCCGAUUAUUACAGGUAACAAUGGUUGAUAAUGGGUGGAUCUAUGAUACACCUGUCCACUCUGAUGUGGAGGCCAAGUUGAGACACUUCCUUCUUGACCUUCAAAAUGAUAUACUUGGAAUACAGGUAUGCGCUUAUAAAGAUGGAGAGGUUAUUAUUGACACUGCUGCUGGAGUACUUGGUGAAUAUGAUCCUCGUCCAGUUCAGCCUGAUACCCUUUUUCCAGUUUUCUCUGCAACAAAGGGUAUCACAUCAGGAAUGUUGCAUUGGCUGGUUGACAACGGAAAAUUGAAGUUAGAUGAAAAUGUAGCAAAUAUAUGGCCAGAAUUUGGAUCAAAUGGGAAGGAUCUCAUAAAGGUCCAUCAUGUGCUUAAUCAUACAUCUGGUCUGCAUAAUGCCACAUCAGACUUUCUUAAAGAAAACCUACUACUACUGUCUGACUGGGAUGGAUGUUUGAAUCACGUUGCAAUGUCUGCACCUGAGACUGAACCUGGCAAGUUCCAGUUGUAUCACUCUCUAUCUUUUGGGUGGCUAUGUGGUGGAAUUAUUGAGUGUUUUUGUGUUGUUGUAACUUGUAAGCACCAAACCACUCAAUCUUACUCCAGAGAGGCUAUCAGGAUCAUCUGGGGAACUAUCCAGCUCUCCAGAUUAUUACAGGUCAAGGGAGCAAUGGCUGAUGAUGGGUGGAUCUAUGAUACACAUAUCCGCUCUGAUGUGGAAGCCAAGCUGAGGCACUUCCUUGUUGGCCUUCAAAAUAAUAUACUUGGAAUUCAGAUAUGCGCUUAUAAAGAUGGAGAGGUUAUUAUUGACACUGCUGCUGGAUUGCUUGGUGAAUAUGAUCCUCGUCCAGUUCAGCCUGAUACCCUUUUUCCAGUUUUCUCUGCAACAAAGGGUAUCACAUCCGGAAUGUUGCAUUGGCUGGUUGACAAUGGAAAAAUGAAGCUUGAUGAAAAUAUUGCAAAUAUAUGGCCAGAAUUUGGAUCAAACGGGAAGGAUCUCAUGAAGGUCUAUCAUGUGCUUAAUCAUACAUCUGGUCUGCAUAUUGCCGGGGCAGACCUUCUUAACGAAAACCAACAACUACUAUCUCAGUGGGAUGGAUGUUUAAAUCGCAUUGCAACUUCAGUACCUGAAACUGAACCUGGCCAGUUGUAACUGUAUCACUAUCUAUCUUUUGGCUGGCUCUGUCGUGGAAUUAUUGAGGUAAGAUUUCAUAGUGUGUUCAGAACCAAUGUCAAAUUAUCAUAACUCUCUCAUGUGCUUAAUUGGAUCUCAUAGUGAAAAUAAAAAGGAAUCAAUAGAAUAAGAAACAAUGAUAGGAACCAUUUAUAGCUACAUUUCUAUUUUACCAUAACAAAGAAAGCAAGUUGCAGGCUUUGAUUAUUUUGUUUUCCCUUUUUUGUCUCAAGGCUGAAGGUUUUAGUAUUCUUUCAAGUUAUGUUUUUGAAAAUAGUAAUUGCUUCCAUUAAAAUUUUAGGAACAUCGAUCCUAAAAGACACAGUGACACUGCCUUGUGUCACGUUACGCAUGAAAAUGGUGGAAUCCUUGAGGCUUAUGCGGAAUAUUCCAAAGGGUUAGAAUAGAAACUAAGGCCGCACGGCUUGAAGGGUAAACAAACAAGUCCGUGACACUAGCCUGUCCUUCACAGUAAUAGAUUGAGGGAGGUUCGAGCUCCCAUUCCACUUGUGGAGUUACAUUCCAUUCAAUCUUGUUUGAUUGCAUCUGUACAAAUGCGUUAGCCCUUAAGGCCUUAAUGGAGGCAAGGGCCUUUAUUCAGGGUAGCAGUCCAUCUAGGAGAUACAAUUGAGUGACCAUGAACGCAGCCUUGGACAACUAUACAGGAAAUGGCCUUAUUUAGCAAAUCUGAUGUAAUUGGAAGUCAGAUUGUUUGUUUCUCCACAUUAAGGUUUCCUAAUUGGCUUGCCACUUCCCAUUUAUUCUUUUUUGAGUGUUCUAAUUAUCUGUUUGGAUUCAACAGCAUGCAUCAGGGAAAAAUUUUCAGGAUAUUCUUGAAGAAGCAUUCAUUCACCCCCUUCAAAUUGAAGGAGAGCUGUAUAUUGGGAUUCCUCCAGGCAGAUGUUUGUUGAAUUUUGUUUGCUUCACUGGGAAUAUAUUUCUGUUAUAUGCAUCCAAUAUUUCCCUUUGCGAAAUUGAAUAAUUUACUCCCUGAUGUUUGCUAUAUCAGAUUGUCUAUACAAAACUUGACAUUUCACUUA